AUGUCUAAGCAUCCUAUUACUUGUCAUAUACUUGAUACUGCUAGCGGAAAGCCAGCUGCGUCGGUUUCAUGCACAUUAUAUCUUUUUGAAGGUGGCUUGUCAGCAAAAGCUGAUUCCAAUGUCAUAGUUCUUGGAACUGCCUCCACAAAUUCUGACGGCCGCGUGAUGAACUGGGACCUGAAAAGUGACUCCGAAGCUACAAGCAAGUGGUCCGAUAGCAAAAUUGUUCCUGGUAUUUACAAAAUCAGAUUUGAGACUCUGAAAUACUUUGAGACCAAGGGCGAAUCCACAUUCUUCCCGUUUGUCGAAGUUGUGUUUAAGAUCAACAACCCACCAGAUGGUCACUAUCAUGUUCCUCUGCUUCUGUCUAACUUCAGCUACAGUACUUAUAGAGGAAGCUGA